AUGGGUAUGGAAACAGAGUCACAGUUCCAUGUUUUAGCUGUUGAUGAUAGUCUCUUUGAUCGGAAAAUGAUUGAGAGGUUGCUCCAAAAGUCUUCAUGUCAAGUGACUACAGUUGAUUCAGGCUCUAAAGCUCUCGAAUUUCUUGGUUUGAGAGUAGAUGAUGAAGACCCAAAUGUGCUCUCUACAUCACCCCAUAUUCAUCAGGAAGUUGAAAUAAAUCUUAUAAUUACAGAUUACUGUAUGCCUGGCAUGACUGGUUACGAUUUGCUCAAGAAAGUUAAGGAAUCAGCGGCAUUUAAAAGCAUACCUGUAGUCAUAAUGUCUUCAGAGAACGUUCCUGCAAGAAUCUCCAGAUGUCUUGAAGAAGGAGCUGAAGAGUUUUUCUUGAAACCAGUAAAGUUGGCUGAUCUUACCAAGUUGAAACCACAUAUGAUGAAAACCAAAUUGAAGAAAGAAAGUGAGAAACCAGCUAAAGAAGAGGAGAGUGAAAUUUCUAAACCGGGGAUAGAAGAAGAAGAAGCAGUAAUUGAGAUCUUGCCUCUCCAUCAAGAACUUGAAUCCGAACAACUUGAAACGAUGGUGAGUAGUAGUAGUAAUAAGAGGAAAGCAAUGGAAGAAGUGAUAUCUACGGAUCGGUCACGUCCUAAAUACAAUGAUAUCACAACCUCGGUCUGACCCUUUGUGUCUUUCUUUCUCAGUUUCCUGCACAACUUCAGUGUUUUUUUAUAGGUUCUUUGUAGGAAUGCUUCUUCUGGUAAAUACAGGGUUGCUAUAGAUAAUGAAGAAGGGAGAUAAUAUGUAGAUGAUGAUGAUGAUUGGUUGUCACUUGUUAUAGUUCAUUAUGUAAAAAUCAGCAAAUUCCCAUUUUUGUUUAUGAUUUCUUCUUCCUUGAUAUUUUUGUUUUGAGUUCUGGAUUUGUAUAUUGUUGCGGAUAAUGUGAGGCCCAUUUAGUAAAGACAA